GACCAUUGGCACUGACAUUUCCUCCGCUGGCGUUGCUCACAUUUAUUUCCCUGUCACAAAAUCAUAAUCAGUGUGCGUCUAUAUCUUUUUACGACACCAGACUUUAUGGCUUCGAUACAACUCGCUGGAACAUCGAUUCCGAUUUACGAUAAAACCUCAAGACUUACGAUAUAACGCCUAUUUGUCCGAGUAUAAAAGCAAAAUCACGACCCAUAUGCAGGUUUAAUUGUCCGAUCAAGCAGCUGCAAUAAUGGUUCGACUUCGUCCAUCUGCCACCACGAUCCUUGUGAUCCUGCUGGUCUGGAGUGGCUACACUCCCAGCACAGCCAUUCGCCUGGCGCAGCUCAGUGACCAGCAGCUGGAAUGGAUUUCGCAGUCGCGAGGAGGAGCCAACUUCCAGAACCGCGUGAUCGACGGCCAGGAUGCGGAAUUGGGCGAGGCCAAGUACCAGAUAUCGCUGCAGGGCAUGUACGGCGGUCACAUAUGCGGCGGAUGCAUCAUCGACGAGCGCCACAUCCUGACGGCGGCCCACUGCGUCUACGGGUACAGUCCCACGUACCUGCGCGUGGUCACGGGCACUAUCCGCUGGGCCCAGCCGGAUGCCAUGUACUUCGUGGAGGAGCACUGGAUACACUGCAACUACAACAGUCCCUCGUAUUACAACGACAUUGCCCUGAUCCGACUGAACGACACGAUCAAGUUCAAUGAGUACACCCAACCGGCCGAGCUGCCCACUGCUCCGCUGGCCAAUGGCACGGAGCUGCUCCUCACGGGCUGGGGCUCCACGGUCCUCUGGGGCGACACCCCCGAUGUCCUGCAAAAGGCGUACCUCACCCACGUGGACUACCCCACUUGCCAGGAGAUAAACAACCGGGAUCCGCUGAACGGACCCUGCCACGUCUGCACCCUGACGAACGGCGGACAGGGCGCUUGCCACGGCGACUCCGGCGGUCCGCUGACCUGGAAGGGCAUCCUCUACGGACUGGUCAACUGGGGCUACCCCUGCGCCGUCGGUGUUCCGGACAGCCAUGCCAACGUCUACUACUACCGGGAUUGGAUCACGGGUAUGAUAUCGGGGCGCUGCAGCACCUGCCACUGCUACGCCAGCAACUAUCCCAGUCGGUGAUUGAAACGGAAUGCUUUUCAUCGAGUAAGUUGAUUGGUCAAGACAAUAUUUUACUAUGCCCUAGGUAAGGAAACAACUUAACUAAUUUCGCAAUAACUAACUUAAACUAAAGUGUACCAGUUAUUGUCAAAAUAAAGGUUAUGAGCCAACUAUGUGAUAAAAUAUUUCGAUUAAA